AUGAGGGAGUCCAAGCAGUGGCAAGCAGUGGUCAGCCAACCAGUGGACUCAGGACAGACAUUGCUGAUUACCGCAGCUCCAGGAAGCGGCAAGAGCAUCCUGCUCCGCGAGUGGUGCCGAGUAAGGCCGAACAACGAAAUCUUGCUGCUGGCCUUCAACAGAGUGGUGAAGGAUCAAUUGGAGGUCAACUUCAAGAGCGAGCUGCCAAAUGUGGAAGUCCGGACGGUCCACUCACUUGCCUUUGAUGCGACCAGGCAUUUGCAUCAUGGAUACGUCGGUGAACCAACAAAAACGGACAUCAAGAAUUUUCUGGAGUGUAGCUGGCCCGAAGUCGAGAGGCAGCAAGAACUGCUUCGGUUGUUUUGCGCCUCUGCUAGUUCCCAGUUGAUUGGCCACCACGGGCGCGAGCUGCAACUGCACAACUCAUUAUGGAGACACUUCGCUUCUGGGAACUGCAGCUUCAGGGUCCCACAUAACGUCUACUUGAAGCUGUUGCAGCUGAACCCAGAGCUCCGAGACCAGACCUUUGAAGACUUUGAUAUUGUUGUAUUGGAUGAGGCGCAGGAUUGCACAGCCUGCAUGCUGGACCUCCUGAAUGGCAACAAAUUUGCGCGAGUCUUUGCAUGCGACCCCUACCAAAACAUCUACCAGUUCAACCAUGUGGACGGUCGUUACCUGGCGGACAUGCAAGUGGAGUACCGGAUGAGCUUGCCGCAGAGUUUCAGGUUUGGACCGCAAGUCGCGCAGCUCCUGACCCGCAUUGCUCGGGCCAGUCCCAUGCCAGCCAACUCGGUUCUUGAGGUUCAAGGCAUGCCAGAACUUCAGACAUCCGUUGAGGUCACGGUGAGUCCCAGUGAGUCCAUUCUUCGACUUGUAGCCGAGAAGCAAAAGGUGACGGUGCUAGCGAGGAAGAAUAGCACUCUCUUCUUCCAGGCAGUGGAUGUGAUUGCCAGCUUGGAGGACGGCAAGUCUAUUUCCUUCAUCGGAGGCUUUGAUGUUUUCAGGACCGCUCAGCUUGAUCCUGUCAUGGACCUCUUCCAUCUCCAACGGGGACAGAAGGAUGAGGUGAAAUCCAAUUAUGUGAACAAGUUCGACUCUUUGGGCAGCUUCAGGAGCAAAUGCGAGCGGGACGACGAUGUGGAGUGGCUCACCAAGUUCAACAUCUACGACAAGUUUUCGACCGAGAGAAAGGGCCUGGAGAAGCUGCAAGACCUGAUUAAGGGCCUUGAGGACAAGACGGAUCUCUCCUCUCAGCUGGCAGAUGUGGUCUUUUCCACGGUCCAUCAAGCUAAGGGCCUCGGUUUUCGAAAUGUGGUGCUGCUGGAGGAUUUUCUCGAUGAAUUUAGCAUGGAGGAAUGUAACAUCUUCUACGUAGCGUGUUCUCGGGUCUCAACCGGCACGCUCUUUGUGCCUCGAAGUGUUAUGCAGACUCUUGAGCUUGGCGGGCACAGGGGCAGAAAGCGAGCUUACGAACCAUCGAGCUUUGACUUCUUUGAACAGGAUUUUGACGACCUGCCUGAGGACUUUGAAGACUACUCUCUAGAACAAGAAGACGACGAAGAAGAUGAUUCGUACGACGACGACUACUAA